AUGUCGAGCGGCAAAACCUGGACUCCGCAGGAGAAGCUUGAAUUCCUUCUCCAGGUUAUUGAUCGUAUGCACCCAACUGGCAAGGGUAUUCCCUUUGGCGAGCUUAACAUGCCCGGCCGUACAAUCAGAAGCCUCCGGGGGGCUUGGACAAACCUCCGUGCUGAGGCAGCUGCUUACCGCAAUGGUAAUAAGAAGAACGACAAUGACAGCGGCCAGGAAACCGAAGCUGAAGCCGAAGCCGCUACUGCCACCAACGGUAGUCGUAGCAAAAAUAAGACAUCUACCAAACCAAUUGAAUCUCCCCGCCGUGGCUCCCGUCGGAGAACUCAGAGGAGAACCUACUCCGAAUUGAUUAGUGACGAUGAGGAGGAGGAUAAGGUCUCCGUCAAGAAAGCUCGUCUUUCGUCUGAUGACGAGAAAGAGGAGGAAGACUCCAAUGUAGACGCUGUCACCGCUACCAAGAACAGGCCUGUCCGUUCCACUAGGGGUGCCAAGAAUGGAGAGCCAAAGGUCAAGCUCGAGGAACCUGUGGGCGACGACGGUGUCGAAUAUGAAGGUGAGGCAUGA